AAAACACAAGUAAAAUUAACACUGAACCGUUUUUUCCCUUUCAAUUCAAUUCCCUUUCCUCGCCGUGUUUUCCAUCUGUGGCCACCGCGCAACCGCACCUCGCCGCCGAUCUACGCGCCGGCAACCUUCCUUCUUCGUUCUCCGGUACCGUUCACUACUGUAAUCUCACUCCUCCUUCUUCGAUCUAAGAUUUUCCCGUUUGUUUCCCGAGAAAGUGACGGAAAACCGACACUCCCAAAUCUCGCUUCUCUCCUCUGUUCGAUUCGACUGUGAUUUCAGUGUUUCAGGGAUUCGUUCGAUAUAGGUGAAACUUUGAAGUUAUUUAUGGUGGGCCGAUGAGAAGAACUGAUGUUAUUGGCAGUAGAGGGAGGAGGAUUCUUCUCUGCUUCGGCGUCGGGGUAUAGUAAGGGCCUGAGCCUUCUGCUAUUGGGUCAGAGGGAUGAGGAUAAACCCAUGAGAGUUGCGCCGUGGAACCAGUACCAGUUGGUGGACCAAGAAUCUGACCCUGACCCUCAGCUCCAGCUGGCUUCAACAAAGAACCGCCUCUCCCGCGGGUGUGCUUCCUUUGUUUGCUUUGGUCGCACUUCCGCAGGGCUCGACACUCCGUCUCCGCUUAAAGUGGGCCCUGCCCAGCAGCCUGAUGUCUCUCCAGGGCCUCUGGUUCCCACCAAGGGGAAGGAUCCUUCUGGUAAUGUAGAUGGUGGUGAUGAUGAUAAUAGAAGAAAGGUCACGCUUAAGAGUAGUAUAAAAAGGCCACAAGUUAAUAAAUCGGUUCCUGCUGAGGCUGCUAAUGAACAUGAACCAUCAGGCGGACGGGGGGUUCAUAAUGCCGGUGGGCAAGCCGAGAGAAGGAAAGUGCAGUGGACAGAUUCUUGUGGUAGUGAGCUUGUUGAAAUACGAGAAUUUGAGCCCAGUGAAGGGGAUGGAUCAGAUGAUGAUUUUGAUAAUGGAAGUGACAGAGCUUGUGCCUGUGCAAUUAUGUAAAUUGGAGUUGCAUUAAGAUGAUUGGGUGAUUCAGCAGGACAUUCACUGCUAACACAAUCAAUCACUCAGUUUGAGGCAAAAGGAGCAAAGAUUUUUCAGUCCUAUGGGCAGAUAUACUGCAACAUCUUGCCUGAGUGGUUAUUUGUGUCAUUGCUUGCGGCGGCUUUAAGUUUUGCUCGAAUCCCCCCCCCCCCCCCCAAUAUCAAUUUAUUGUAUAAUUCUUAUCAUGUGUGAAUUCUUUGCCUUUGAUUCAUCAUUUUUAUGAUACUUUAUGUUCUUAUUUAUAUGGAUAUGGGUUAACAAAGUUUUAGUUCUGUGCUCUGGCGUUAUCUAGAAGCAAGAUAAUACAGAUGUAAGAUUUUGUAAAGAAUCAGUGUGGUUGUCUGGUAACAAACUACAAGACUAGGAUCUUCUGAGGUUUAUCUA